AUGACUGAGUGUAAACCUGUUGAUACACCAGUAGAAUACAAUGCGAAACUCGGUAAUAAGAAUGAUAGAAUUCCUGUUAAUAAAGAAAGGUAUCAGCGGUUAGUUGGGAAGUUAAUAUACUUAUCUCACACAAGACCAGAUAUUUCUUAUGCAGUAAGUGCUGUGAGUCAGUUUAUGCAAGCUCUUUGUGAGGAUCAUAUGACAACAGUUAAACAUAUUCUUUGGUAUCUAAAAGGAACUUCUGGUAAAGGCCUAAUGUUCAGGAAAACUGAUAAACGAUCUGUUGAAGGCUACACUAAUUCUGACUGGGCAGGGUCUGUUGUUGAUAGAAAAUCGAUAUCUGGGUCUUGUACGUUUAUCUGGGGAAAUCUAGUCACUUGGAGAAGUAAGAAACAAGGAGUUGUUGCUAGAAGUAGUGCUGAGGCUGAGUAUCGGGCCAUGAGUCUAGGGAUUUGUGAAGAAAUCUGGUUGAAGAAAGUAUUAUCAGAUCUCCAGCAAGAUAAUGAGCUUCCAAUUAAAUUGUUUUUUGAUAAUAAAGCUGCUAUCAGUAUUGCAAACAACCCAGUUCAACAUGACAGAACUAAAUAUGUAGAGAUAGACAGACACUACAUUAAGGAGAGGUUGGAUAGUGGAAACAUAUGCAUCCCUUAUAUUCCUUCAAACCAACAAGUUGCUGAUGUUUUUGACCUUAUUGCCCAUGAUGUUGAUCAUGUUGAGUUGUCUGAUAUUUUGAUUACUGCCUAUACUAAAACCAUUGUUGAUAAUGUUGAACCGAUUGUCUCCUCCGUUAUUGGAAAUACUACCCCCGUCAAAAUUAUUGCGUCAGUUGAUGCUUUUCAUAUUUAUGUCCCCACAUAG